GAUAGAAGAAGAAAGACAGAAGUAGGCGUUAAGACUGACGUGCCUGCCAGAUAACAAUAGUGAAGACGUGUUCCGCACUCACACACAUACACCAAAAGUUCUCUCAACAUCCACCAAGAUGGGAAUCCGAAAAAAGAACAACAAGAACCCACCGGUGCUCAGCCACGAGUUUGUGAUCCAGAACCAUGCGGAUAUUGUGUCUUGUGUUGCUAUGGUGUUUCUGCUGGGUCUAAUGUUUGAGAUUACAUCAAAGGUAGCGGUUUUGUUCAUAACUGUGCAAUACAAUGUUACAAUUCCAGCAAAUGGGGGCCCAGAGGAAACACCAGUGAAUUACUUCCAUUAUGGUCUGAAAGAUGUGGCCACCGUCUUCUUCUACAUGUUAGUGGCCAUUAUCAUGCACGCCAUUAUUCAAGAAUAUGUGCUGGACAAAAUCAACAGGAAGAUGCACUUCUCCAAAACCAAGCACAGCAAGUUCAAUGAGUCAGGGCAGCUGAGUGCAUUCUACCUCUUCUCCUGCCUGUGGGGAGCCAGCAUUCUUGUCUCUGAGAACCUCCUGUCCAACCCCGUCAGCCUGUGGGACGGCUACCCGCACACUCUAAUGCCGUUCCAGCUGAAGUUCUACUACAUCUGUCAGCUCGGCUACUGGCUUCAUGCAAUCCCCGAGCUCUACUUCCAGAAGGCCAAGAAAGAAGACAUUCCUCGCCAGCUUGUUUAUAUAAGUCUUUACUUGGUCCAAAUUGCAGGAGCCUACAUUCUGAAUCUGAACCGGUUGGGCCUGGUGUUGCUGGUUCUGCAUUACUUUGUUGAGGUCCUCUUCCAUGUUUCCCGACUCAUUUACUUCAGCAAUGAGGAAAGGCAGACCGGGUUUUCAGUGUGGGCUGUUCUAUUUGUGCUGGGCCGCUUGUUGACUCUUUCCCUGUCUGUUCUUACUGUGGGCUUUGGGCUGGCCGGAGCAGAGAAACAGGGUCUGAACAUCGCUGAGGGAAGCUUUAAUGUCCUGUUUGUUCGGGUGGCUGUCCUGGCUGCAAUAUGCACCACUCAGGCUUUUAUGAUGUGGAAAUUUAUCAACUUCCAGCUGCGACGAUGGAGAGAGCAUGCACAGACUCAGACCUUAAAAAAGAAACUGUCGUCUUCUAAAAGCAAAUCAAAGAAAGCCAAUGGUGUGAACGGAUCUGUUGGUGCCAGCGGAGCAGAUUCUCCCAGAGCGAGGAAGGAGAAGUCAUCAUAAACCACCCACAUUCCCAACUUCUGUACUGGCUGAAAUCAGCCUGAUCAUUCCUCUCCGUUCCACAGUUUGUCUGUUGCCCGUUUCCCCUCUUGUUUAUCUGAAAAAAGAAAAGAAAAAAAAACUGCAAUAUGGCACCUUCCUUAUCCUGCUCUUUGAUCCUGUAGGAUGUUGAAUGCUGUAUUUCACAAAGCCAUCAAACCAGUAUGUCUCUUUGCAAGAAGGGCUUAAGGGAAAAAUGUGGCAUUGUUUUUUUGUUUUUUUUGGAGGGGGUCUUUUUUAUUUCGCCUACAUUUGUUUCCUUUUUCCAAAGGUCCAUACGCUCUCUGCUUUAUUUGCUUAAUCCAAAACUAUGAUCCAGCCAUACCUCCAAAUAAAACCCAAAAGCUGUGGGGGAAAAAAGUAACUUAUUUUUAUUUUUACAAGUGCCUAACCAUACAUCAUUUUGACAGAUCAGAGAUGGUUAAUCCAGUAUUUUAACUUGAGUUUGAAAUCAGGGGUGUAUUUAAAGUUCUCUGAAGGCUCACAGCUUUUUUCUGAUUCUAUCCUAAGCAUUUGGAACCAUGUCUAAUGCCUCUUCAUUGUGUUGUUGUAUAAAAGCAUUGUCACACUU